GAUGGGCUACAGCUUGGAGAACGUGCACCUCAUCGGCCACAGCCUGGGCGCACACGCGGCUGGCGAGGCAGGCAGGAGGCUGGGGGGCUACGUGGGCAGGAUCACAGGACUGGAUCCAGCAGAACCAGGCUUCCAGGGCACGCCCGAGGAGGUGAGGCUGGACCCGUCGGAUGCCAUGUUUGUGGAUGUGAUUCACACAGAUACCUCACCCACAGUCCCUUACCUAGGUUUUGGAAUGAGCCAGAAGGUGGGCCAUCUGGAUUUCUAUCCAAACGGAGGAGAGCAAAUGCCCGGAUGUGCGAAAAGUAUCCUUUCUUCCAUUGUUGAUAAGAAUGAUUUCUGGGAAGGAAGCCGAGACCCUGUAUCCUGCAAUCACCUGAGAAGCUACAAAUACUACUCCAGCAGCAUCCUCUACCCCGACGGCUUCCUGGGCUACCCGUGUGCCUCCUACGAGGAGUUUCAGGAGAAUGGCUGUUUUCCUUGUCCAGUCACAGGAUGCCCCAAAAUGGGGCACUAUGCUGACCAAUUUCAGGGCAACACCAGCGCCGUGGGACAAACGUUUUUUCUGAACACAGGAGAGAGUGGUAACUUUACUCGUUGGAGAUACAGGGUAUCAGUCACACUGGCUGGAAAAAAGACAAGGAGUGGGUCCUUCAGGAUUGCUUUAUAUGGAAGCAAUGGAAACUCAAAGCAAUAUGAAAUUUUCAAAGGAUCCCUCAAACCAGAUGCAAAACAUGUGCGUGACAUUGAUGUGGACAUCAAUCUUGGAAAAAUCCAGAAGGUUAAGUUCCUCUCCGACAACCAUUGGCUAAAUAUCUUCCGGGACAAACUGGGGGCUUCGAAAAUCACAGUGCAAAGUGGAGAAUAUGGGACUAAGUAUCAUUUUUGCAGUGGCAAUACGCUUAAAGAAAACCAGUUACAGACCCUUCUCCCUUGUUAAAAAUGUGGUGCUCUUGCCCUAACCGGUUUGGCUCAGUGGAUAGAGUGUCGGCCUGCAGACUGAAGGGUCCCAGGUU